AUGGAAAUCACACAUUAUGAUCAUGAUCAGUACACUCUUCAACAAGUUGUGAUUCCUCCGCCGAAGCCGCUUUUAACGGCUGUGAAGUCGUCAAUGAGAGAGACUUUCUUUUCUGACGACCCUUUCAGAAGAUUCAAGAACCAACCCGGAUCCAGAAAAGUGAUUCUGGGUUUGCAAUACUUCUUUACGAUCCUCGAGUGGGCACCUCGCUACAAGUUGAGCUAUCUCAAAUCUGAUAUCAUCGCCGGAGUCACCAUUUCGAGUCUGGCAGUUCCUCAGGGGAUCAGCUAUGCCAGCUUAUGCAACAUGCCGCCAAUCAUUGGCAUAUAUAUGAGUUUUGUUCCACCACUGGUAUACGCAAUUCUGGGAACGUCGAGGCAUAUGGCAAUAGGACCGAUGGCUGUUUCAUUGGUUCUGUUAGCAAAUAUCGUGUCGGAGGAAGUUAGCCCUGCAGAAAACCCUGAACUCUAUCUCCAGUUGGCUCUCACCUCCACCUUUUUUGCUGGAAUUUUUCAGGCUUGCCUUGGCUUCCUAAGACUUGGUUUUGUGGUGGACUUCCUUUCUCAAGCAACAAUAAUUGGUUUCAUGGGUGGAGCAGCCAUUACUGUAAUUCUUCAACAGCUUAAAGGGUUGUUAGGGAUAAUACAUUUCACUCAAAAAUCAGAUGUUGUCUCUGUCCUCACAUCAGUCUUUACUCAAUUCCAUGAGUGGAAAUGGGAACCUGCACUGAUGGGAUGUUGUUUCCUCUUCAUUCUCGUACUUGCUAGAAACUUUAGCAUGAAAAGACCAUCUAUGUUUUGGGUUAGUGCACUGGCGCCAUUGUUCUGCGUGAUCACGGGGAGCCUUGUGGUUUUCCUAACCCAUGCUGAUAAAAAACACAACAUUAAAGCGAUCGGGCAGCUUCAGAAGGGGCUCAACCCUGUAACUAUUUCUGACUUGAGCACGGUUAUUAAGUCACGCCAUCUUAUCGCCUGUAUAAAAGCCGGAAUGAUUACUGGCAUUAUUGUCCUCGCCGAAGGAAUAGCUUGUGGAAGAAGCUUUGCCGCAAUCGAGAACUAUCACAUUGAUGGAAGCAAAGAAAUGAUUGCUUUUGGAAUGAUGAACAUAGCAGGCUCUUGCACUAGUUGUCCCGUGGCGUCAGGAAUAUUUUCGAGAACUGCUGUGAAUUACAACGCCGGAGGCAAGACUCAAGUCUCACCCAUAGUCAUGGCGAUUAUGAUGUUGUUGACAAUAUUAUUUAUGACACCAUUGUUCCAGUACACACCACUAGUGGCCCUCUCUUCCAUUAUAAUAGUUGCAAUGUACAGCGUCAUGGACAUCCCAGCUGCCAUCCGCCUCUGGAAGAUAGAUAAGAUCGACUGUAUGAUAUGCAUGGGUGCAUGUUUGGGUUAUUGUUUUGGCAGUGUUUUGGUUGGCCUUUCCAUUGCGAUUAUAAUUUCAUUACUACGACUCAUCUUAUUUAUAACAAGACCCAGGACUCUCAAUUUAGGCAAAAUCCCAAACACGUCGGUUUAUAGAAGCGUGGAUCAAUACCCAGCGGCAAACAGUAUUCCAGGAAUACUAAUUCUUCAAAUUGAUUCACCGAUAUACUUUGCAAAUGCUAACUAUUUGAGGGAAAGGAUCUCAAGAUGGAUAUAUGAAGAGGAAGACAGGAUAAAAGCGUCUGGAGAAAGAGGCUUAGAAUACCUUAUACUAGACAUUAGCACUGUGGGAGGCAUUGAUACAAGUGGGAUCCGCAUGCUAGAAGAGGUCAAGAAAAGUUUAGACAGAAGGAAUAUCAAGCUUUUAUUAGCAAACCCGAGAAGCGAAGUUAUUAAGAAGCUGGAUGUGUCAAAGUUCAUUGAGAAAAUUGGUCGGGAGUGGAUGUUUGUUACAGUGAGCGAUGCUGUAGAAUCAUGUAAGUUCGUAUCGCAUAGCAGCGAUCCCAGUUCAGCUGAAGGUAAAGUCAAGCCAUCAGAGGACAAUGUCUAAUCCUCAAUGACCAAUCAAGUCAUAUGAACUCUUAUGCUAUCUAACUAUGGAUCCGCGAGGUGGUACCGUACCUGGUAGACAAACAAAGGUCUGAUCGUAGAUGGAGUGCUAGUUGAGUAUAGAGUUUGGUAUUUGAAGUACACAAUCCUGAGGCUGAAAAACGUAGAUGAUGUUUUGGUAGGCGGUAUGUUUGCCUGUACAACACUUGGAUGUU